GGGAGGGAGACAUAGAGUAGAUCGCCAGAUUUAAGGCGGUAGGCAUUGUAAAUGACGAAACGUGUAUGGCUUCUCCGCCCCCACGACCACGAACACGAUCCAUUUUCAUUCUUCCACCUCCGCCUCUGACCUCUCAUUUACUCUUCCUUUUUAUUCUCUUCUUUCUUUUCUCUCUCUGUUCUUACUUCCCCCCUUGUAUUUCUCUCUUCCACUCAUCAUUGGUCAUUUUACCCACUAUCCAUUUCUUUUUCUCUCUCCCUCAAUAUUAAUAUCAAUUCAAUGGCUCCAUCUUUGGAGGUCCAAGAAGAAGAAACUGCUCUGCCCUUUAGCAAUCCCACCCAUACCAAUGAAGCUCCUCCUCACAAAUCUAAAGUCACCGUUGUUGGUAGUGGCAACUGGGGCAGUGUUGCUUCCAAGCUCAUUGCUUCUAACGCCCUCAGGCUCGCUUCUUUCUAUGAUGAAGUGAGGAUGUGGGUUUAUGAGGAGACAUUGCCAAGUGGAGAGAAGCUCACAGAUGUCAUCAACCGUACCAAUGAAAAUGUUAAAUAUCUACCCGGCAUAAAGCUUGGCAAGAAUGUUAUUGCAGACCCAGACCUUGAAAGUGCAGUAAAGGAUUCAAACAUGUUGGUAUUUGUGACCCCACACCAAUUUGUGGAGGGUAUUUGCAAAAGGCUUGUUGGGAAAAUUAGAGGAGAUGUGGAGGCUAUUUCCCUCAUUAAAGGAAUGGAAGUCAAGAUGGAAGGUCCAUGCAUGAUCUCCACUCUCAUUUCCCAACAUCUGGGAAUUAAUUGUUGUGUCUUAAUGGGGGCAAACAUAGCUAAUGAGAUUGCUGUGGAGAAAUUUAGUGAAGCAACUGUUGGAUACAGAGGAAACAGAGAGAUUGCUGAAAAAUGGGUUCAACUGUUUACUACUCCCUAUUUCAUGGUCACAGCUGUCCAAGACGUGGAAGGAGUAGAGUUAUGUGGGACACUGAAAAAUGUUGUGGCCAUAGCAGCAGGUUUUGUGGAUGGCUUGGAGAUGGGAAAUAACACAAAGGCGGCAAUAAUGAGAAUUGGUCUCAAAGAGAUGAAGGCAUUUUCCAAAAUGUUGUUUCCUUCUGUCAAAGAAAGCACCUUCUUCGAGAGCUGCGGUGUAGCUGAUCUCAUAACAACAUGCUUGGGAGGAAGAAAUAGGAAAGUUGCAGAAGCGUUUGCAAGGAAUGAAGGGAAAAGAUCAUUUGAUGAACUUGAAGCAGAGAUGCUACAAGGACAGAAAUUACAGGGUGUCUCCACAGCAAGAGAACUUUAUGAGGUUUUAAGCCACCGUGGAUGGCUAGAGUUAUUUCCGGUUUUCGCAACAGUUCAUGAGAUCGCCAUUGGUCGUCUCCCACCUUCAGCCAUAGUUAGGUUUUAGGUAGAAGGCACAUCCGAAUACUGUUAGCCGUUCUGGUCUGUAAGAGUAAUUUUCUUCACACUUGAAAACAAACAAAUACGUUACUUUAAGGGUUACAACAAUGUUAAUCCUUACAAGUGAGCAUUACCACAAAUAUGUCAGAUGAAAUAACACUCGGAAGAGGUUUCUAAUCAAAAUUUCUUUGUUAA